AUGGGCAGCGUGCAAGCAAGGCAGAUUUGCUCGUAUAAGAAAUUCAGAACAAUUCCUCGCGUGGAGCGCGCAUCCAUCAGCGAGCUCCUCCGCGGUUGCCUGUGCGAGGCUGGCAUCAGGAAUUCAAAAAGAACCCAAGGUGGCAAGCUGGUCACUCUCCACUACUACUACUACACCAUUCCACAGACAACGAAGCCAUGCCAUGACAUGAACGGACACCAUGGAUGGGUACGACGCUACCACUACCAUCACGCAUCCGCGUCACCUCCUCUGCUAGAGGCUAGAGCCCGAGACAGGGCAGGUGGUUCGCAAAUCCACAUCUGCCUACAAAGAUUUUUAGCAUUUUGUGGCCUCUCCAGUCUCCACCCCGGGACGAAGCCAGGAAGGGUCGGUGGCGGGCGCUGGCAAGCCUGGAAGGCCCUGGAAAGCCACCUUCCCUUCCCCAAACUGACGCGUGUGAAGCGGAGUCCGCUACCGCAAGCGAUUGAGAUGGGGAGGAAGGUGCAGGACGAAGAAGAUGUGAAGUGA